AUGGGAGCUAUUCACUCACUUUUCACCAUUGCAUUUGCCAUUAUUUUCCUCCCAUUUCUCUCGCUCACAGAAGAUGAUGACCAUCACCACGGAAUCGGCUUUAGCCUCGAACUGAUCCACCGCGAUUCACCAUCAUCUCCAUUGUACAAUCCGGCGGAGUCUCAUUGGCAACGCGUAAGCAACGCCUUGCAACGCUCGCAUCACCGUGUGACCAACGAUUUUGGCAGAAAAGGUUCAGGACUACGCGCUUCGAGUCCUAUAGCGGAAGCCCGUUUAAUCUAUGUUGCGGGAGAGUAUUUGGUGAACAUAUCGAUUGGGAUACCGCCCAAAACUUUGAUCGGCAUUGUGGACACCGGCAGCGAUCUUACGUGGACGCAAUGCAAGCCGUGUAAGGACUGUUUCAAGCAAAAAAUCCCCAUCUUUGAUCCCAAUUCUUCUUCAACAUAUGAGCCCCUUUCUUGUUUGUCCAAACAGUGCCAUUUGCUAAUUGAAGGAACUUGCUCAAACGAUAAAUUUUGCUAUUACAAUUAUACGUAUGGGGACAAUUCCUACACCUCUGGAAAUCUGUCCGUGGACACUGUUACAUUGGCUUCCAGAACCGCAGGCAAGGCCGCCGUAUCAAUCCCCAACACCAUAUUUGGAUGUGGACACGACAACGGAGGAAUCUUCAGCGGGACUGAGACAGGCAUAGUCGGACUUGGAAGCGGAGCUGUGUCGCUUAUAUCCCAAAUCGGAAAUGUGGUUGGUAGGAAAUCUUUCUCUUACUGCUUGGUGCCGAGUUACGAACUACAAUUUCAUUCAAAUUUGCACUCUAAGCAAAGUAGUCAAAGUGAAAUCCCAAGCAAGAUGUACUUUGGUGGUAAAGUUUCAGGCCGUGAUGUGGUCUCAACUCCUUUCCUGUCGAACGGUUCGCAAACCUAUUACUACCUUGAGCUACAAGGCAUCAGCGUCGGAGACGACUAUCUAAAGCUUCAAGUUUCCAGUCGUCAAAGUUUUAAGGGCAACAUGAUCAUAGACUCCGGGACUACUAUAACAACUUUGCCUACAAAGCUUUAUCAAAGUUUCGAAACGGCAAUUAGAAAGGCAAUUCAUCUGGAGGUGACGAAAGAUCCAACCGGCAUUCUACGGCUCUGCUACAAGACUAAACCGGAAAUCGACGCUCCCAUUGUUACCGUCCAUUUCCGUGGUGCAGACGUGAAGUUAAAGUCCGUCAACACUUUCGUUAGGGUUAGGGAAGAUGUUGUGUGUCUUGCAUUUUCCCCGACCAACGAUGUGGGGAUCUAUGGGAAUGUGGCACAAAUGAACUUCUUGGUAGGAUUUGACCUCCAAGAAAGGACGUUGUCCUUCAAGGCAACCAAUUGCGGUACGGGGUAA